GCGGGCGCGAUGGGCGCGAGGGGCGCGAGGGGCGCCGGGGGCGCGCUGCUGCUAGGGCUGCAGCUCUGCGCGCUGGCCCGGGCAGCCUCCAAGAUCUGGGUCGCCGAUACCGCCUUCGACACGGCGGACAACUGGAGCCAGAACCGGACCCCGUGUGCGGGCGGCGCCGUCGAGUUCCCCGCGGACAAGGUGGUGUCCGUCCUGGUGCGAGGAGCCCACGGCGUCUCGGACAUGCUCCUGCCGCUGGACGGGGAAUUGGUCCUGGCCUCGGGAGCAGGAUUCGGCGCCGCGGAGCCCCGCCCCGACGCGGCGGGCUGCGCAGGCGCCCCGGCGCUCUUCCUCGAUCCCGACCGCUUCUCGUGGCACGACCCGCGCUUGUGGCGCUCCAGAGACGCGGCGCACAGCCUCUUCUCCGUGGACGCCGAACGCGUGCCCUGCCACCACGACGACGUCGUCUUCCCGUCUGACGGCUCCUUCCGGGUGGGCCUCGGCCCCGGCUUCCGCACCCUGCGCGUGCGCAGCGUCUGGGCUCUGGGCCAGAAGCUCACGCGCGACGAGGACCUGGCUGCUUUCGUGGCGUCCCGCGCCGGCCGCCUGCGCUUCCACGGGCCCGGCGCGCUGCGCGUGGAGCCCGAGCCCUGCGCCGACCCGUCGGGCUGCGUCUGCGGCAAUGCCGAGGCGCAGCCAUGGAUCUGCGCGGCCCUGCUCCAGCCCCUGGGCGGCCGCUGUCCCCCGGCCACCUGCCACGAUGCCCUCCGGCCCCAGGGGCAAUGCUGCGACCUCUGCGGCGCUAUUGUGUCGCUGACCCACGGCCCCGCCUUUGACCUGGAGCAGUACCGAGCGCGGCUGCUGCACAACUUCCUGACCUUGCCCCAGUACCGGGAGCUGCAGGCGGCCGUGUCCAAGGUGCCGCGCUCGCCCCAGCCCCGCGAGGCCACGCGCGCGGGGGCCGACACAGAGAUCCAAGUGGUGCUGGUGGAGGUGGGGCGCGGCACGGGCGGCGCGGGCCGCCUGGCCCGGGCCCUCCUGGCCGACGUCGCCGAGCACGGAGAGGCCCUCGGGGUUUUGGCGGCCACCGUCCGGGAGUCGGGCGCGCCCGUCGGGGACGGCUCGGCGGCGGGUCUGCAGCAGUCGGGGUCGCGCGCGGGGCUGGCGGGCGGCGUGGCGGCCGCGCUGUUCCUGUUGCUGCUGGUGCUGCCGGCGGGGGCGCUGUUGCUGCACCGCAAGGGGUGGCUCAGGUGGAGCAGGCGCGACGCGGCGGCCGGGCCUCUGGGCUUCCCCAACCCGGUGUUCGGCGCGGCAGGCUCCGUGGAGCAGCCCCCGGAGCCCCCAGCGCCCCCAGCGCCCCCGGCCUCGCAGGCGGACGCCAGCACCACCAGCCAGAGCUACUUCGUCAACCCGCUCUUUGAGGAGGCGGAGGCGGAGGCCUGAGCGUGCCUUUCCCAACCAGCGGGAUC